CUUUGCUUUUUUCUGUAGUGACCACAUGUUUUUUUCUUUUAACACCGCCGAUUUAAUUAUGCGAUACAAAAUGGUUUCCAAGGUAACCACAUUUGGUACAUAAUUAUUUGUUCAUGCUAAAUUUUGAAAAAUAACUUUUCAUUGAAUGGAAUUGUAAAGAUUAAAAUUUCAGCAGUAUGGCGUUUUAUAACUCCAUUAAGUUGAAUAAUCUUUAUGCGUUAUUGAUUCUUUUUAUGUUUUUAGUUUUUAUAUGUUUUUUCCUUAAAUGUGAUCGCUCGUUGCACAGUUUAAAUUCAAGUGAAGUAAAAUUAAAUUUGAAUAGAAGGCAAGUGAUUUUUAUAAUCGGUCAAGGUCGAACAGGUAGCACGCUCCUUGGAAGUAUCUUUAACGAGCAUGAGGACGUUUUGUAUUUGUUUGAACCGUUAAUUACAGUUGAGAAGUAUCACAAUUUAAUCAAUUUCAUGUUGACAAAUCAAUCAGCACAAACGUUUAUUAAUUCAAAGUUUGCUCAGUUUUUAAACGAUAUCAUGAAAUGCGAAUAUGACGAAAAGCAUGAUGGGUAUCUAAAGGCUUUGAAUUAUGGGCAAUUUCGAUUACAUAGUAAAAAACUUACUUCAGCUCCGUUCUGUAAAGAAUCUUGUAGUGAUGUUACAGCUAAAUUGAUGAAUAAUUUGUGCAGCAACAAGAAUUUACGUGUAGUUAUUAAAGAUUUAGAAUUUCGUUUGCCAAACAAAGACUUAUCUUUUCUUCAGUAUAUGAGUAAAUUGAAUGACCAUGUUGAUGUGAAUGUCAUUCAUUUGGUAAGAGAUCCCAGGGCGUACCUCGCUUCCAUGAUGAACGCUGGUUGGUUUAAAAAUCAAAACGAGGAUAUAUUUAUUAAAGAGAGAUGUGAAGAAACUUUGAGCAACAUGGAAUAUUUUACAGAAAAUAACGCAAAGCAAAGUAAACGUUUUCUUAAUUAUAAACUUUUGAGAUUCGAAGACUUUGCUGACGAUCCACUUGAUAUAUCGGAGAAAAUGCAUCGAUUUUCAAAGUUAAACUUUUCGCAAAACAUAAAAAACUAUAUCUCUCUAUCCACUUCAGGCAAAGCCACUACUUCAUCUGAUCCGUAUUCUAGCUCAGCGAGAAAUAUAUCGUCAGUUAAAAACGGUUGGAGGAUGAAAGUGACUUUUAAUUUUGUUCGAAAAAUUCAAAAUUCAUGUAAUAAACUCAUGAAAGUUCUUGGUUACACAGAACUAUCUACAAAGACAGCGUUAAAAGACCUAACUAUACCAACAACUAAAACGCUUGAAAUGAAUAUUGCACGUGACAUAAAAUUAACACGUGACUAGCUACUGCUGUUAGGUCACGUAGUAAAUGCAAAAGCACUUUACCGGGUUUAAUUAUCACGUGAUUCCAUACCCAUGAGGUCUAACAACUUUUUGUACACGAACUUUGCUUAGAAUUUUGCCAUAAAAUACUGCGAAAUGCGCACCUGUUUGGUUUGGAUGCCGAUUAAAAGUUUAAAAUCUCGUGCAACGAUUUUUAACGCUUUCAUUGAUUCUACUUUUUGUGAGUAAACGUUGCAUUUGCUACGACAGACGUACAACGACUAAUGACUGCAGAUUUUGCUUGGGGGACAUGUUGUUCUAUCAUAAAUGAAAGUAAAAUUAAAUUAUUAUUUCGCCUUGGCUAGGCACGAUUUGAAAUUUUUGUGGUACUUUAACAUAGAAAAUGAGAUGAUGAAACAUGUUUUUAGCAUAAAUGACGAAAAUCAGUUUAAGUCAGUUCUAGUUUUAUUCGUUUCCCAACUCAUCUGGUAUGGCCUGUAUCAUAGCUCCCACCUCUAUCAUCGGAAUCUCGAUCCUUUAAGUAAUUCACUUAUAGAUAUUUUCUUUGCCAGCCUUGUAUAUUUUUACUGUUUUUACUGCUUUUUUCCAUUUUUAUUCUCAGACAGGACGGACAUUGAUAGCAGUUUUUUUGUAUUUAUGUAUAUAUUUGCAAAUUACUGAAGUCCUCAUCCUGUAUAAAAUAUUUUUAAAUAAAAAAUAAAAAUAAAUAUAUUAGAGGUAGAAAUA